GUCUCUGAGACUUGUGAGGCUCCCUCGCUCCUUUCCAGCGGGGUCCAGCUUCCCCUUCUGCUCUAGGUGCCUGUGAGAGGGGAGGGGGCUGUCUGGUGGCGGCAGGGUGGGCUCCCUGAAGACCCCAAAGGUAUUCUUUUGGGGUGAGCCGCAGCCUGGGAUCUAGCGUCGGCAGGGGGCAGGGACAUCUCUUCUCCCGCCUCCUCACCUGCUCUGGGCCCCUAGCUUUCUAGGCCACCACCGCCCAUACAGCCCCGCAGCUUCCUGUGGGGACCUUGCACAGGAAGUGGCAGACGCCCGGGGAAAGCCGUCUGGGCAGAGUUCCCUCUCUCUCCAGCCUCUUCAGUUUCUGGGGAUCCAUCCCGAUGCCCGGCCCUAGUGGGAAGGUCUUCCUGGUAAAGACUGCAGUGAACCCCUGUUGCUACUUUCCAUGUCAGAACCAGGGUGUCUGUGUCCGCUUUGGCCGUGACCACUACCAGUGUGACUGUACCCGCACGGGCUACUCCGGCCCCAACUGCACCGUCCCUGAGCUCUGGACCUGGCUCCGGAAUUCCUUGCGGCCCAGCCCUGCUUUCUUUCACUUCCUGCUCACACAUGGACGCUGGUUUUGGGAGUUUAUCAAUGCCUCUUUCAUCCGAGACACGCUCAUGCGCGUGGUACUCACAGUGCGUUCCAACCUCAUACCCAGCCCUCCCACCUACAAUUUAGCACAUGACUACAUCAGCUGGGAGUCUUUUUCCAAUGUCAGCUAUUAUACUCGAAUUCUACCCUCUGUGCCCAAAGACUGCCCCAAGCCCAUGGGCACCAAAGGGAAGAAGCAACUGCCAGAUGCAGAGCUCCUGGGCCGUCACUUCCUUCUCAGGAGGAAGUUCAUCCCUGAUCCCCAAGGCACAAACCUCAUGUUUGCCUUCUUUGCACAACACUUCACCCACCAGUUCUUCAAGACUUCUGGCAAGAUGGGUCCUGGCUUCACCAAGGCCUUGGGCCAUGGGGUAGACCUUGGCCACAUUUAUGGAGAUAACCUAGAACGCCAGUAUCACCUUCGGCUCUUUAAGGAUGGGAAACUCAAGUAUCAGGUGCUGGACGGGGAGAUGUACCCACCAUCAGUGAAAGAGGCGCCCGUGUUGAUGCACUACCCAAGGGGAAUCCCACUGCAAAAACAGAUGGCCGUGGGCCAAGAGGUGUUUGGGCUGCUGCCGGGGCUCAUGCUCUACGCCACACUCUGGCUGCGUGAGCACAACCGUGUGUGUGACCUGCUGAAGGCAGAGCAUCCCACCUGGGAAGACGAACAGCUCUUUCAGACCACCCGCCUCAUCCUGAUAGGAGAGACCAUCAAGAUCGUCAUCGAGGAGUACGUGCAGCAGCUGAGUGGCUACUUCCUGCAGCUCAAGUUUGACCCUGAGCUGCUGUUCCGAGCCCAGUUCCAGUAUCGCAACCGCAUUGCCAUGGAGUUCAACCACCUCUAUCACUGGCACCCACUCAUGCCUGACUCCUUCAGGGUGGGCUCCCAGGAGUACAGCUAUGAGCAGUUCUUGUUCAACACCUCGAUGCUAGUGGACUACGGAGUCGAGGCCCUGGUGGACGCCUUCUCUCGCCAGAGAGCUGGCCGGAUUGGUGGAGGUAGGAACAUAGACCACCAUGUUCUGCAUGUGGCUGUGGAGGUCAUCAAAGAGGCUCGAGAGAUGCGGCUACAGCCAUUCAAUGAGUACCGCAAGAGAUUUGGCAUGAAGCCCUACACCUCUUUCCAGGAGCUCACAGGGGACAAGGAGAUGGCAGCUGAGUUGGAGGAGUUAUAUGGAGACAUCAAUGCCUUAGAGUUUUACCCAGGGUUGCUUCUUGAAAAAUGCCUACCAAACUCCAUCUUCGGGGAGAGUAUGAUUGAGAUUGGGGCUCCCUUUUCCCUCAAGGGACUCCUAGGGAAUCCCAUCUGUUCUCCAGAGUACUGGAAGCCAAGCACAUUUGGUGGUGAGAUGGGCUUCAGCAUUGUCAACACAGCCACACUGAAGAAGCUGGUCUGCCUCAACACCAAGACCUGUCCCUACGUUUCCUUCCGAGUGCCCAGCUCCAGUCAGGAUGAGGGGUCAGCUGUGGAGCGACCAUCCACAGAACUCUGAGUGGGGCAGUAAAGUGGCAUUCUGGAGGGUGGAACUUUGUGCUGGUGAUUCCAGAAUGCUGAGACCAGGGUUGAUGGUCUUAAGUGUUGGUUUUCUGGUUUGGCACUGUAAGCGUUAAUUUUGACAUUUAGAACUUUGGGUGUCUGGAUCUGGAGUAUUGUGAGCAUCUUCUGGUCACUAUAGAAUGCUGAAUUCCAUGUUAACCCUUCAGAAUGUUAGGGGUGGUUGGUUCUCGUUGGACUUUCUAGAACACCGGAUUCCUGGUUAGCAAACUAUAAUGUCAGAGUUCUAGUUGAUUUGAAAUGCAGACAUUCUAGAAUAUAGAGUUCCUGGUAAACUCUCCUAAAAAGUUAAGGGGUUCUUAUUUUGUAUUCUAGAAUCUGGGUGGCCCUCCAGAAUGCUGACGACUACCUUAAUUGGUAGUUUGGAAUGUUGUGCUCAUGGUCAAUGAUCCAGAACAGAGGCUGAUAGGCCAGAUCAGUCCUGAGCUAAGUGUCUAGAAUGCCAGUGCAAUUCCCUUUCCUUCCUAGGGAAAUAGCUAGGGGACAAAAUAUCCUAAUUACCAACAAGAAUGUAUUGCUUGAAUCUGUUCCUACCCUGAAAGGUAAUGAAGUAGGGUGUUCUUGGGACUCCCACGUAGACCCUGGCCCAAGGAUAGGGAGAGAAUGGAAGGGCUUUUCCAUGCCAUUUGUUGGAAGCUGCCAGAGCUUUGUCCCAUUUCACAUCUUGACUUGUGGCAGCUGUCAUGAAGCUAAUAAAAUUAUCUUUUCAAAGUUGCUUGCUAUGUAUAUCUUUUGGUUCCAUCUCCAAAUGCGAGACAUCACUGAAGUGACCUUUCUCCUAGCGACAAGCUAGGCAUGCUACAACUCAGCAUGAGACUUUGAGGGGAUCCCUAGGGCCCGUCCUGGAGCACAUGUUUCACUGCUGAUGCUUCGUUUCUUCUUAUGGAUAGGCACUGCCCUUUCCUGGCUGCUCUUCUAAAAUACCCACUUCUCCAAGUCUGCAGAUGUAGCAUUCAGUUCUUACCAGCUGGUUAAAACAAGUCCCUUCCUCACAGAGCAGACAACAGAGACCAGGGGCACCUGUGGAGGAGAGUGCUAUAGUGCACCAAUGCGACACCCUCAAUUCUCAUUUAAUUUUCACACCAACAGUAUGAAGUGGUGUGACUCCCAUUUUAAAAUGGAGGAAACUCGGCCUCAUAGUGUCAGGUGACUUAUCUUCCCCAUAGGUGCCAGAGCCAGGUGUGGAACACAGAGUUCCCCUGUCCCCUCUCACUUAGACUUCGAGCUGGGCCUGAUUUUGCCUCUCUGGCUCAGGAUCAAAGACAAGGUGGGGUGUAGUCUCCACCUUACAUGCCAGCUGCUCACUUGGUCACACGCGUUUACUUUCCCAAGUGCUUACUGUGUGCCAGUUACCGCGACGGGCUUGGGAAUGCAGCUGUGAGUGAUCAGUAUAGAUAAAGCUUCUACCAGUGUGGAACUCACAUUCCCAGUGGGGUUAAAGAGACGGUAAAUAAAAACAAUGAAGCAGGAGAAAUGCUGGUGAGCCUGACUUUUGUUUUCACUCAGUUUGCUUGGUCGGCCCCAACUUCACUCCUGAGACCAGAGUAGGGGCUCUGGGAUCUGGCAGUCCGCCUCCUUUUCCUCCAUUCGCAGCCUGAGAUCCUUUUCCCAGUCACACAGGCCUUUGUAUCUAGUGAACAGAGGAGCAAAGGCAGAAGGGUAAGAUAUGAGCUCGGGAAAAGGACUUGGUGCUAAACACUUUGGACAUAGCAUCCCUCAGGAGAAGCCAUGGGCAAGAAUCAAUGGGGAAUUGGGAUUUAGGCUGACCAUCUUUGGGCCUGGGCCUAUCUUACAGUCGAGAAAAUCUUUGUUUUUCCUUAGUGGAUAAAGGAAUGAUUCAACCAUUCUUUCCUGGCCUUGUGGAUGCUGCCCAGUUGCUUUGAUGUAGAAGGUCCUUUGGAUCUCGGAAGUAGGUGCAGAGUGGCUGUGUCUUGUCCUUGUUUGCCAAGUAUCUAUUUCCCUGCAUUGAAUACCCCUUGCUUUGCCAAUUUCCUUAUCUCUCUCAUUAAUUUCACUCUCAAUGGUUCAUCAAGAGCAUAUUCUGGACUAGAGAUAGGGCCAAUCCUGGGCAAUCACACACCCUGUCUGUGUUAAUUGGUCCCUGCAUGGCAUUCCACGGAGACUGAGAUUCUUUUUGGGGGGAGUACUAGGGAUCAAACUUGGGACCUUGCACUUGAGAGGCAGGCAGCAGAACCGCUAAGCUUAAUCCCCAGCCCAAGACUGAGAUUCUGGACUCUGAUUCAUCUCUGCAGCUGGGCUCUGCAAAGGCUGUUCACUAGUUCCUGCUUCCCAGAUCCCCAGGGCAGUCUGGAUUCCUGAGUUCUCCGGUUAGCUUUUCCUUUCAUCCUAUGGCCUUUAGAGUUGCUUAUGCCAGAGCUCGUGCCUGUUGUUUGUAAGCAAACUUUAAUGGCCACAGGCCCAAGGAAACAGAAAGACUAUAAUGGUUCUUGGGGAAAAUUUAAUCAAGGGAGAUGCAAUAAAACUACUGUUUUGGAAAAAGCAGCCUCUGGUGGGUACACAGCAGAGUGGAGCAGGAAGGACAGGCUGUGGCCGUGUUCCAACCCAGAGAUGCCGACAGCUGGGGCCAGAGAAGGGCUGUGGUGAUGGUGGGUGGGAUGGCUUCCCAGGAGGGCUCCUCUUUUGAGUGCAGAGGCCUAGUUUAGGUGGACUUUGCUUGGCAUGGACAACAGUGCAUGGAAUUUUUGCAGCUGGAAACCUGUCACAUGCACCAAGAGGGUUCCAUCCGAGUGAAGGGUCUUUACUGUUCAUACUUUGAAAACCCAUUCCUACAGUUUACUUUGGCAGGUGUGAUGGUUAGUUUUAUGUGUCAAUUUGGCUAGGUGGUAGGGCCCAGUUAUUUAAUUAAAGGACUAAUCCAGGUGUAGCCAUGAAGGUAUUUUAUAGACAUGAUUAAUAUCUACAAUUGGUUGACUUUAAAGAUUGCCCUUGGAAACAUGGGUGGACCUUAUUUAAAACCCAAUGAAAGGGCUUCAGAACAAAAACAGAUUUUCUGAAAAAUGAGAAAUCCUUCACAAUUGCAGUGUCAGCUUCUCGCAAGUUUCCAGCCUGCCAUUCUGACCUAUGGGUUUCAGGUUUGCCAACCCUAGAAAUUGUGUGAGCCAGUUCCAGUAUAACUAUACAUGUGUGUGUUUGUGUGUGUGUGUGUGUGUGUAUAAUGUAUUCACAUUCAUACUGUACAGGUUCUGUGACUCUGGAGAACUUGGACUAAGAGUGCAAACAACAGAAUUUUCUCUAGCCUUCCUGCUUAAGCAGGAAGAGGUUUAUUAGAGGACAUAGUAUAACUUAUGGAGCCAUUGAGAGGGUCAGAGAAUUAAACUUGAGGCUAUGUGCCUAGGGUCAGUGGCCACUGAUCCCACACAGAUACCUCUGCUGUUGCUACCUGUUGCAGGUAUGUCAAACCAUCCCUUUUCUCCCCCAAACCCUACUCCCGCUGCUCUCCCCAACUGGCAGCUAUAGUUACUUGCCAGAAAAUGGAUUCUACAUGGUAUCUACUUCAUUUUCCUGUACUGAAAAUUAUGUUUAUUUUGUAUUUGGUCAGUGGAGCUUGGCGCAUAUGUCUGUCCUCCCACUUCAAGAGAGGGUGGUAAAGUGAGUUUCCUGGCAUGAGUCUCAGAAAGGGGGACCUCAUAAUGUGGAAAUUCCUUAUAUAUAGGAAAAGUGUCCAAAAGGGCUGGAAACACGAGCAACUUGCCGCAGUGGGUCUGAGUUUUUCUAGUUCUGCUUUGCUUCUGUGGAUCUUAUCUUUACUAUACUGCAAAGACCAUCAAAAUGGCAUCACUAGUGACCUGGUGGCAGCUCAAUAUAGUUGCUGAGUUUGAGGCGAGGAAGUAAAAUUAUGCUGGUAUAGAACAGCAGAGAAGCAAAGACUG